GAAUCUGAGGUGUCUACAGUUACCCCGCUAAGGGACAACCUCAUGACAACCGCUGGUGAUCUCAAAGCCAACUUGGAGAGCUUAAAAGCCUCCACUGAAGAGGCCUGGUCAAAACUUCAAGAGAUCGAGAAGAGGCUGCUUCUGCUGAUCAACCAAAACGACUACGACGUCUCCGAACUGUUUGUCAGCACUGCCAGCAAGGAGAGACCGCGUCGUUCGGACAGCCUCACAGCUAGUAAUUCGACUGCCAGUCCCACUGUGCCUGUUGUCACCUCGCCUCAGGUGCCGAUCACCGGCAACCUCGUCACGGCGAGUUCUUCCUCCUCCAUUCCU